AUGCCAUCGCUCGGCUUCCUCAAGAAGAAGAAGACCAAGGACGAUCUGAGCUCGCCCGUCACGUCUCCCGUCAAGGGCACCUUUGCUUCACCCACCUGCUGCAUCGCAAGCCCUGCGCAAUCUCAAUCCUCCUCCACCACCACCCAAUCCACAGCCCAACCUCAGUCGUCGCUUCCCUCGACUGAAUUGACUCCUCCUCAACCCGCCCAAACCACCCAAGAGCAGUCAAAGUCGGCCGAGCCCAUGCAGCACCAGCAAUCAUAUCCUAUCCAGCAACAGCAGGCGCAACCGCAGAUCCAGCAGCCACAGCAAUCCUACCAACAGUCGCAACCAUAUCAGCAGCAGCCACAGCAGCCGCAGCAGAAUGCUGCUAGCAUCCAAAACCUCAUCAACCAACCCUCAGCACAGCCCAAAAAUCCCCACGACUCUGCAUACAUGGCCAAUGGUGCCAUGGAGAAGCCCAAGGUAGUCUCCAACCCCGUGCGCGAGACCAAGGGCAAGUACACUCUCCAGGACUUUACCAUCAACCGCACUCUUGGUACCGGCAGUUUCGGACGCGUACACUUGGUUCAGUCCAAGCACAAUCAGCGCUUCUACGCCGUCAAGGUUCUGAAAAAGCAACAAGUUGUCAAGAUGAAGCAAGUCGAGCACACCAAUGACGAGCGUCGCAUGUUGCAAAAAGUCAAGCAUCCCUUCCUGAUCACUCUUUGGGGCACAUUUCAAGACUCCAAGAACUUGUACAUGGUCAUGGACUUUAUCGAGGGUGGAGAGCUCUUCAGCUUGCUGCGCAAGUCUCAGUUCUACGCAGCCGAAGUCACCCUCGCUCUCGACUACCUGCACUCGAUGGACAUUAUCUACCGUGACUUGAAGCCUGAAAACUUGCUCCUCGACAGACAUGGUCACCUCAAGAUUACCGAUUUUGGUUUCGCCAAAGAAGUUCCUGACAUCACGUGGACUCUCUGCGGUACUCCAGAUUAUCUAGCUCCUGAGGUUGUCUCAUCCAAGGGUUACAACAAGUCUGUUGAUUGGUGGUCGCUCGGCAUCCUCAUCUUCGAAAUGCUUUGCGGUUUCACGCCUUUCUGGGACUCUGGCAGUCCCCUCAAGAUUUACGAAAACAUUCUUCGCGGAAGAGUCAAAUACCCUCCCUACGUUCAUCCGGAUGCUCAAGAUCUUCUGAGCAAACUCAUCACCCACGAUCUGACCAAGCGUCUUGGUAACUUGCACGGUGGCAGUAAGGAUGUCAUGCAGCACCCUUGGUUCGCCGAGGUCACCUGGGAGAGACUGGCAAAGAAGGAUAUAGAUGCUCCUUACGUACCCCCAGUCAAGGGUGGCCAGGGUGAUGCAAGUUUGUUUGACAAGUACCCAGAAGAAACUGAAGCAUACGGAAGCAUGGGCGACGAUCCUCACGGUCGUCUCUUCCCCGACUUCUAA